AUGGUUCGUACAACAGAACCUCAAGAUCUUACCGUAGUACAGCUGAAGGCAAAGCUGAACAAGAGAGCCUUACCAACGUCCGGGACGAAGAACGAGUUGAUUAGCCGUCUACACGAAGCAGACCCUAGUGGAUCCUGGUUGGAAGCCUCGGAGGACGAACAGGACGUCGGGGAAAGCGAGGAAGAGAUGGAAAGAGUAUCUCGCCGAGAAAUGGACAUACUACGUCGGGAGCGAGAACUCAUGCAGAGGGAGCUUGAGCUGAUGCGAAGAGAGCUGGAGCUGGCUAGACGCGGCAACGUCGAGCAUCCGAACGAGGCACCCGCCGAAAGACAUGUGAAGACAGAUAUAAAAGUGGUAUCGGCUUUGAUUGGCACGUUUGACGGAGAGGAGUGCUUCGAGAAUUGGCAGAGACAGCUUACGCUCCUGAGGACGACGUACGGCUUGGACGAUCGCACAACGAGAGUCUUGAUCGGCACCAAGUUGGUUGGAAAUGCGCAGAGAUGGUUCCACUGUAAGUCGGAGCAUCUGGAGCUUAACACAGAGGAGCUACUGGAGACUAUGAAGUCGAUGUUUCACCAUCAGGUCAGCAAAUUAACUCGCCGACGAAAUUUGGAGGGAAGAAAGUGGAAACAGAGUGAGUCUUUCUCGGAAUACUUUCACGAUAAAAGCAUCUUGGCGAACAAAGUGCCGGUUGAAAUGGAGGAACUAAUCGAAUGCCUGAUCGAGGGCAUACCAGACACUCAACUGCGGAACCAGGCAAGGUUGCACAAUUUCUUUUCGUCGACGGACAUACUCCGGGCCUUCGAGAAGAUCGUGUUGUCGAGAAGCAAUUAUUCUGGAAAGCAAGCAACAAGUACGAAUGGUAACAAUCCUCGGAAGGAACCCAACAGUCAAGAGAAGACUAUACGAUGCUUCAAUUGUCGCCAAGAAGGCCACACCAAGGCGGAGUGCAACCAGAUCAAGAGAGGGAAGCCAACCUGCUACACCUGCGGCAUCGAGGGACACAUUGCGCGGAACUGUCCGGAAAACAGCGAGAAGAAGAAGUCUACCGAGCGAGUAAACAACGUGGACAGCGGAGAUCAGCCAGAAGACGAGGUCUUCAAAAAUAUUGAGUACUGUAUGGAAUUAAAUAAUAACAAUGACCAGCGAGAAUUUUAUAACGUACGGCUUCGAACGUUAAUAGACUCGGGCAGCGCGGUAAGCUUUAUAAAGGAGAAACACGUUCCGAUCGAAUCGAUGAAAGUAAACAGUCGAGCUAGCGAGGAUUACCGCGGUAUAAACGGAAUAAAUUUAAUCGUAUUAGGAUAUUUACAUUGUGAGUUAACUUUCAACGAGCGAGAAUUCAAAAAUAUAUUGUUCUUAGUUGUACAGGACUAUACGAUGGCAUCUCCGGCGGUGAUCGGUCGCGAUCAUUUCAAAACUUUAGGAAUAAGCGUGAGAUAUGAGACGCAAUCAGAUUUGGAAGUGAACACUAUUAUGAAUAUCGAUUUUUCAAGUGACACAGAUCCGACCGAGAUGCUACGCGUUAAUCCAUUGAUCUCUGUCAAUAAACGAAACGAACUGCGUGAUAUUUUCCGUACCGAGUAUGUGCAGCGAGAGCGACCACAUGAGCCAAAGGUAAAAGCCGAGCUGUCCUUGUCGCUGCGGGAUCACAAACCUUUUCAUUUUUCGCCGAGGCGACUGUCUUAUGUAGAAAAGGAGCAGGUGUCAAAGAUCCUCGAUGGGUGGAUGGAGAGUGGAGUAAUUAGACCGAGCAAGUCCGAGUACGCUUCUCCGAUUGUCUUGAUCCGAAAGAAAAACGGGGAGAUACGUCUGUGCGUUGAUUAUCAGGUUCUAAAUGGAUAUAUUUUGCGCGAUAAUAAUCCGUUGCCGUUGAUAGAGGAUCAACUAGAUGCAUUGGAAGGCAAGACGUAUUUUUCGGUGUUAGACUUGAAAAACGGUUUCCACCACAUUCGCGUCGCGGAAGAUUCGAUCAAGUUCACGGCUUUCGUUACGCCACAUGGUGAAUUCGAGUACUAUAAGGGGGUUUUUUGGGCGUCUCAAAAAUAA